CCUUUCCCCUCCCAUCUCCCCAGAUCAGUGGACGUGCUCACCUCCGCUCCGGGCCAGGUCUAUGUCCCGGUUUCCCGCCGUCGCGGGCAGGGCGCCAAGGCGGCUGGAGGAGGGUGAGCGGUCAAGAGAGCUCCAGGAAGAGCGGCCCUCUGCUGUUUCCAUCGCUGAUAGAGAAGAGAAAGGAUGCACAUCACAAGAGGGAGGAACUACUCCAACUUUUCCUAUUCAGAAACAAAGAAAAAAACUUAUUCAAGCUGUGAGGGACAAUUCAUUCCUUAUUGUUACUGGAAAUACAGGAAGUGGUAAAACAACUCAACUCCCAAAAUAUCUAUAUGAAGCAGGGUUUUCACAGCAUGGUAUGAUUGGUGUGACUCAGCCACGAAAAGUAGCUGCCAUAUCAGUUGCUCAGAGGGUUGCUGAAGAAAUGAAAUGCACUUUGGGAUCCAAAGUAGGAUACCAAGUUCGUUUUGAUGAUUGCAGCUCUAAGGAAACAGCAAUCAAAUACAUGACUGAUGGAUGUUUACUGAAACAUAUUCUGGGAGAUCCAAAUCUUACCAAAUUUAGUGUCAUUAUUUUGGAUGAAGCCCAUGAGAGAACUCUAACUACAGAUAUCUUAUUUGGUUUAUUGAAGAAGCUAUUUCAGGAGAAGUCUCCUAAUAGGAAGGAGCAUUUAAAGGUGGUGGUAAUGUCAGCAACGAUGGAAUUAGCCAAGCUCUCUGCAUUCUUUGGAAAUUGUCCAAUAUUUGAUAUACCUGGAAGGCUUUAUCCAGUCAGAGAGAAAUUCUGCAAUUUGAUUGGUCCACGAGAUAGAGAAAAUACUGCGUAUAUUCAAGCGAUUGUGAAAGUGACCAUGGAUAUCCAUUUGAAUGAAAUGGCUGGAGACAUCUUGGUUUUUCUGACUGGCCAAUUUGAAAUUGAAAAAAGUUGUGAGUUACUUUUUCAAAUGGCGGAAUCUGUUGAUUAUGAUUAUGACGUUCAAGAUACUACUCUAGAUGGCUUGUUGAUAUUGCCUUGUUAUGGAUCUAUGACAACAGAUCAACAGAGAAGAAUAUUUUUGCCACCUCCACCUGGAAUUAGAAAAUGUGUUAUCUCCACCAAUAUUUCUGCAACAUCGUUAACAAUAGAUGGGAUCAGGUAUGUGGUAGACGGUGGCUUUGUGAAGCAGUUAAAUCACAACCCCAGAUUAGGGUUGGAUAUCCUAGAGGUGGUUCCAAUUUCAAAGAGCGAGGCAUUACAGCGAAGUGGCCGAGCUGGCAGGACUUCCUCAGGAAAAUGCUUUCGGAUCUACAGUAAAGAUUUUUGGAACCAGUGUAUGCCUGACCAUGUGAUCCCUGAGAUUAAGAGAACUAGUUUGACAUCUGUAGUUCUGACCUUAAAGUGCCUUGCCAUACAUGAUGUCAUAAGGUUUCCCUAUUUGGAUCCGCCUAAUGAGAGACUCAUUUUGGAAGCUCUUAAGCAACUUUACCAGUGUGAUGCUAUUGACAGGAGUGGUCAUGUGACUAGAUUGGGUUUGUCUAUGGUGGAAUUUCCUCUCCCUCCACAUCUGACUUGUGCAGUAAUUAAAGCUGCUUCUCUAGAUUGUGAAGAUCUACUGCUUCCAAUAGCAGCAAUGCUGUCUGUGGAAAAUGUUUUCAUUAGACCUGUUGAUCCAGAGUACCAGAAGGAAGCUGAACAGAGACAUCGAGAAUUGGCAGCUAAAGCUGGAGGAUUUAAUGACUUUGCAACUUUAGCUGUCAUCUUUGAACAAUGCAAAUCAAGUGGAGCUCCAGCUUCAUGGUGCCAAAAACAUUGGAUUCAUUGGAGGUGCUUAUUUUCUGCAUUUCGUGUGGAAGCCCAGCUUCGAGAAUUAAUCAGGAAGCUUAAACAGCAAAGUGAUUUCCCAAGAGAGACAUUUGAAGGCCCUAAACAUGAAGUACUACGAAGAUGUCUUUGUGCAGGCUAUUUCAAAAAUGUAGCUCGAAGAUCUGUUGGGAGAACUUUUUGCACAAUGGAUGGGCGUGGAAGCCCAGUUCACAUUCAUCCUUCCUCAGCACUUCAUGAACAGGAAACCAAACUUGAAUGGAUCAUUUUUCAUGAGGUAUUAGUUACCACCAAAGUCUACGCAAGAAUUGUGUGUCCUAUCCGUUAUGAAUGGGUGAGAGACUUGUUACCCAAGUUGCAUGAAUUUAAUGCACAUGAUUUGAGCAGUGUGGCCCGUCGGGAAGUGAGGGAAGAUGUAAGAAGGAGAUGGACAAAUAAGGAAAAUGUAAAGCAGCUUAAGGAUGGAAUAUCAAAAGAAAUCCUAAAGAAAAUGCAAAGAAGAAAUGAUGACAAAUCCAUAUCAGAUGCACGAGCUCGUUUCCUUGAGAGAAAGCAGCAGAGGACACAGGACCACAGUGACACACUGAAGGAAACAGGCUAAGCAGUGAAUCCUCUAAUUCAGGAAGUAGGAAAAGCAGCCAGGAAAUGUGCUUCUACUUUACCAGUUAUUUCAGACAGCACUAUGAAGAGGAAGUGGUCAGCAUCAGUAAAUAGCCUAUGAGCUAAAAGCAAAUCAAAGCUCACUGAUACCAACAAAUGAAACUUUGAAAGAAAAGAUUGAAUUGCAUGGUCACAGGCAUUGAUACAUGAAACCAAUGAAAGACAUACAUGUAAUAUUUUCCUCACUUCAGUUUUGCUGGCCUUAACUGGUAUCAAACGCUGUCAUUGAGAUAUUUUCAAAGAACAUUGAGUUGUAUUUAAUCAGCGUGUAUUCCAUUUGCAUUGAAGCAUUAAAAAUUAUUUUCCUUAAAUCUC